AUGCCGUCCUCAGGCGGCUACGAUGGCUCGUCGUCGUCCGGGAAGCGAGUCCUCCACCCGGCCAUCGAGCGGGUCAGGCUCGACACCGUCGGCGGGGCGGCGCAGGACAGGGACAGCAGGGGCAAGGCGCGUGCAGCAGACGUCGCACCGAGCGACUCGAGCGCGUCGAGCCUGCCACGGCCAGCGAUGCACACUUCGCAGCCUACAAACGCACCCCAGUCGUCCUCGUCCGGCCCCUCGCGACAUGUGGGCAGCUCAGUCAACCCCGGCACCGUCUCGUCGACCACUCGCCGGCUAGGCGCGCUGGGCAUCCCGCUCCCUUCUUCCGACGACGAACUCCUUGACGGAGAACCCUCGUUUCUCUGCGAGACCGACUCGCUCGGAGGGAACCCGCCAGGCUCGCCACUCGUGCCAAUACACGAGGCGCAGGAAGUGGCGAGCUACAGUCGAGGCGGGAGUACGCGGUCGGGUCUGAGCACGCGCAACGGCGAGCAGUUUGACGGCGGCGCUUUCGUCUCGGAGGAGAGCUUUCGGGAUAUCGUCGACGACCUCACGCUUGAGAAUCAAAAGCUCAAGGCGCGACUGAAACGAUUCGAGUCGGCUCGAGUACCGACAAACCUGCGGAAGGAGCGAUUGUUCGAAGUCCGCUUCUUCGACGGUCUGCCCAAAGCGAAACGACGAGAGAUCGAGUCCUUCCUGACUGACUACGUCCAAUCCUUCUCCAACUCUACCUCUGGCGACUACACCGACUCCUCUCGUAUCAACACGACCGGCAACUCCAGCUCGCACGACCACACCGAAUCGACCUCGUCCCUCGGCGCGACUUUGCGAUCCUUGCGAAGCUCGGAAAAGGAGGCGUUGCAGGUUGUCGUCGACCCGGCUGCGAGACGGGAGAACUCCACGAGUGGAGGGAGCGGGUCUGGAUCAGGCAGCGGGAGUGGGAAGCGGUCGGGUAGUGGAGACGGGACAGGUUCUGGUGGCGAGAAGCGCAAGAAGCGGCGACUCACCUCUGCGGCGCCUAACUCGGUCGCUCCUCUUGGCACCGUCUCCAGCGUCGCCCUCCCCGACCCUCCACCCCUCCUCCGCCGACCAACCGACAUCUUUCCUCCCGAGCGCGAUAUCCUCGCUGCGCCCUCCGCUCCGCCUAUCGAGACCGUCUCGCGCAUGGGCACGGGUAGCGGCAUCCGCAUCUCGGAACCGCACAACCGCAAACGGCGACGAACACCGGCCGCCUCGCCUGAAGCAGCCGCGACGACGCCUGAUCGACCUCGACUCCAGCAGGCGGGUAGCUGGGAGGGUUCUGUCGGCAGCAGCGCUGGCGUGCCGGAUCCCGACCGGCUCGAAGACCUCAUCGUCGAGCUUAUCGAGCGCCUCUUCUUCGAGUCGCUGCCUGUCGAGGGCGUCGCCGGCCCGCAGACCCCGCCUCAGAACCCGCUCAACAGCGACCCUAUUCCCCUUCCCGCCAAAUCUUCCACCAACACGCAGUACCUCCGCAACAUGCUCGCCGCCGACGAGAUUACCGCGACCGGCGGCUGGCUCUACCUCAACCUCGUUUCGACCAUGGCGGCGCUGCACCGGCUCAACGUCAGCGUCGGCACCGUCCGACAUGCCCUUCGCACGAAGAGCAAGCUGGUCGAGGUCAGUAACGACGGGACAAAGAUCCGCUGGCACGGACCCUCGAGCAAGCCGCUCAAGCAGCCUGGCGAUGCGGAUCAACCGGACGUGCAGAUGGGCGAUAUGGAGGACAACAGCAUCGAGGCGACACGGAUUGAGGGUGCGGAGGAGGAAGAGCGCGAGCGCAAGCGCGACGCGCACAGCAGGCCUUCCAACUCGACCGCGUCGAGCGACGAUAACGACGAACCCGACUCGAUGUUUGACGAGCGACCUGGCGCGCGGGAGAAUGCGGCUGGCAGCGGCAGCGGCCAGCUCCUUUCGGGCUCGCGCAGGUCGACGGCGCCGACUUCGCAGAUGCCGUCUGGCGGAUCGAAGAACGGUUCGAGCUCGAACAGCGGAACGAGGGGCGAGAAACGCUCAUUUGCGUCGCACGAGACGGGCGCUUCCGCUCCUGCCCGGUUGCAGCAGGGCAUGGCGCCUACUCAGCCGGUCAAGAGCAGCUCGCUCCGCCAUUCGGUCGAGGAGGUGUCGUCUUCCGGCGGCGGCGUGCGGAGCGAAGGCGACGCUCCUGCCGUCGAGGCGCUCGGCGCGACCGCUAACGACGGCGCCUCGAAGCGAGUCCUGUACACCCCACUCUUCGUCCGCCGCAACGACUCGGCAUCCGAGGAUGACGAGUCGGCGAGCGACGGUGGUUCUGCCGGCUCCAAGCCCAAGCGGAAGAAGAUCUACGACGCCGGCGUCGUCUUUUUCGCGAACGACCUUUUUUACUCGGACCUGUCGGGCGACACGCUCGGCCGUACGCAGCUCCGCCUCGCUCAGGCCGAUGACGACUACUCGUCCUCGCGGCCGUUCUUGGGCGAUUCGUCGUUGACCGGCGCUGAGUGGACGAGCGCUGCCGCGACCUCCCGCACUCGUUCCGACUUUACGCCCAUGAGCGAGAGCGGCGGAAGUGUUCGCUCCUCUCGCAGCCAGGAGAAGGCGACCGAAGACGUCGAGAUGGCCGAAGACGAGCCGCACAUCCCUUCGCUCGACACCGAAGCAGGAUGGGACGGGAUCGACGACGUCCCCUUGCACUCCUGCGCCCCGCUAGCCGGCGAGACCGACAUCUUCACCAUCACGCCUUACCCUGCCUUGCACGUCUCGGCCAUGAGCGACGUCACCGCCGCAGACCACUUCACCACGCACGUCAAGCUCCACCACCCUUACCUCCCUUCCUCCGUCUCCCGCACCGACUUGCCCAAGCGUCUCCGCCCUUCGUUCGCAUCUUGUCUCCCCGCAUCUCUCGCAUCGCACAAACACGCCGCAACGCCUCUCCUCGUUCCCACCUACCUCGCAACGCACACCCUCGACCACCACCCCGCCAUUCGCGUCCGCUUCCCCCGCCUCCGCCUGCGCAUGUCGUCCGCGACGUCCGACUCGGAAGACGAAGACGCCUCGGCAGCUGGAUGGACUGGCUCGCCGACGUCGUCCCAGCUUCGCCGACUGCCGGCAGCCGGCGGCGGAGACUACCUCAUGUCGCUCGCGCUCCCGCUCAACACCUGGGCACCACAAACACGACGCUCUACGAGCAGCGACGAGCGCGCGAGCGAGGCCGUCGGGACGGGCGAUUCGCGCAUCACUCUCGACUGA